UUCGCGUAUAGCGUUUGAGUAGUGUUGUCAGUCUACAGUUGGACUCGUCAAGUAACCGAACCGUCCUAGGCGUUAAUAUCGCAGGGUUUACUGCCAAGCGCCUAGACUUUACACAUAAUUGGUGUGAUAAGCUAUAGUUGUAACAAACAUUUCGUGUACUAAGAACAAGAACGAGUUUGUGUGAAAGUGUAGGACUAGUUUUGUAGCCUGUGUGUGUGCGUGUCCGUAGUGAAACGGUCGAUAAAGUUGGUGAUCGUUCUGUGCUAUUUGUGGAUUCCUUACAUACUAACUGUUGGAUUUGUUUUGUGAUAAGUUGGAUUAAUGAUUUGACAAUGCCGUCGAAUAAGAAGCUGAUUUCUAAAAUGCGCCAGAUCGCGCAGUGGAUCUUGGUUGUACAUGUGGUUGAAUUCAUAGAAGCAUACUGCACACCUCGUGACACAGCCCGCCGCUCCCCACAACGCAGCCGCCGCUCCCGAGAGCCACGUCGUUCGCCUGAAGCCACCAGAUGGCGUUACGACUCCCGCCGCACAAACUACGAUUUUGACUCGUGCCGGCGUCCAUACGAAUACGAGAGUCGAAGGAAUUACGGACGAGAGUUUGACGGGGAUUCAGGGAGACGAGCAGAGUUUGACGCGGGGUCAGCGAGACGACGCGCGGAUUACGAGUCCGCAAGAAGGACCGACUUUGAUUUGUCGGCGCCGAGCGUGUCGAGGCGCAGUCCUGAAAGUGCCCCUGAGGGCUCAGUCGAGUCUCCGCCAGAGCCGGCCCCAGCAGCGCCACUAAGACACGAGAAACAGUCCAGACACAGAUCUCAACCAUACUACGAAUCUGAAUCAUCUUCAGAAGAUCGCUCAUCGUCAUCAGAGGAGGACGAAGACGAAUUUGGCGAGUUCGAUCCUUUCGCUACAGCACCUUCUCUACAUUCCCCGGACAGCGGACGCUCAGACCCGCGAUACGCUAACGCCCCUCGCAGGAACCCAAGCCCGUACUAUUACGGUGAUCUGUUCAAGACACCUCAACAACAGGCAACCCCAUCGGCUCCCACCAUUUCUACGACGUCUUCAUCUCGGGGCCCUCGGUACCGAAAAUCAGCUAGUCUUGACGCUCCACACGUGGCCCCACGACCUAAUUUACCCAAAAGAUUCUCAGUCGCUGAAGAUGGUUUCCGUGAGCUAGAGCGGUCAUCAUCUUCGUCCGGUGAGAGCGCGUGGAUGCCGCCGAGGCGUCGCGGGCGCGACGCGGCCGGCUGCGUGUGCGCCGCGCCCGAAGAUGUAGAGGAGCAUCGUCCUUCUCGAAGCGUCUUUUACGUGCCGGCGCCGCUGCCCCGCUGGCCGCAAGAGAUGACCACCAGACAGAUCUACGAAACAGCCUUUGACUGCAAAAUUGCACGAUCAGAUGAUGACUUGGAUGACUUUGACAGAGUCAGCAACCACCCUGCUCUUUUGCAGGCUGAAGAUCGAAAAGUCAUUUCAUCUGCGUCAUCGGCUUUUGAAGCUGUUGAACGCGGUGAGCCAGAUUAUAAAGGUCGUCGUAAGGUGACUAUGAAGACAGACAGUGUCCGUCGCUCUAAAAUACCAACAAUCCGUCAAAAGCGAGAGAAUGAAACCAACGCCUGUGCCUUGUCAGAGGAAUUAGAAAAGGUUCACAUUGAAGAAGAUGGGCGUACAGCGUCAACAUCUCAGUUGCCACUACGCGGUUAUACUCCAUCGCCACCAUCAACGGCACCCUUGCCCACUAAGUUUCAACAGAAAGACGGCUCUGCAAUGAAUAGUAUUAAGAGUGCUCCAAACUUGCCUCAAUCGCAGCCUGCACACCCUCGUCUGAAGGACCUGAGACUACCUGUAAAGUCGUUGCGUGCUCGAGACACGCCUACAAGUAGUGAUGCUAGUAUGGCUGACGUUAAAGGAUCCGUCUCAACAGAACUUGACCUAGGACAACGUCUUAGGGAUUCGAGUCGCGAAUCUCGCGAUGGUGAUGAUGAAGGGGGGCAAUCAAAAGACGGUAUUUUUUUAGAGAUUAAGGGCCGGCCCACUUCCGAUUCUGACACACCUGAAAUGAAUCGGUACACGGGGCCAAAGGGGGUCGGCCCUAUAAUGGAGUUUAAGGGAAGGCCUACAGCAGUACGUCCGCGGCGUAAAUACUCUAGCACAGAAAGCAUGGCUACGAGUAGCAGCGGAGGCAGUAUGGAAUCACUGAGGAGUAGUAAUAGCGAAGGUGACAGGAGUAGUAGUAGUUCUGAAAGCCGCCACUCCUCUUCGCUAAGUUCACACAGCUCCGAUUCGGGAAACGUGCCAUUCACUAAGUCACACCAUCACAUGCAACUGUCGGGGUUUGGGCACCACCCAGCUAAGCUGCACAUUUUAAGCCCAAUAUCCGAUAAAUCAUCUCAAGAGCCUGCGUCAGAGACAUCCGACAACAACAAAAAUAAUAACUCGCAAAAAGUGUCCCCUGAAGACGGUGAAACUGGAAACACAACAAUUCAAACCACAGUCGAAAUCGUUGCCAAGCCAAAACGAAGGGCUUUACAAAACAGGAACCUGUUGAACUUAACAUUCAGACACUCAACAACUGGCGAUGCGGAAAUUCAGGGCUCUGACAGCGGCAUAUCGAUUCAUUCAAGAGAAGGUGUGGACUCCCGAAAUGCAUUCAUUAAUUUCAAAAAUAGUAAUACGGAAGAAGAACGUAAAGAUGAAGAUGUUGAUCUGUCUGAUCUUCCUUUCGACAUGCCCAAGUUGAGGAGACGAAAGGCUGAAGCCGAAGCCGACCUACGAUCCUUGCCAUUUGAUAUGCCUAAACUGCGUCGGAAAUUACGCGGGCAGUCAUUACAGUUGAAUAACGACUUUGGAGGGGCAAUAUCCAAUGCCUCCUCUAGCCAAAGCGUACAAGAUUUAAAUCAAGGAAACAAACACAAACCCAAUCUGAAGUUGAAUUUUGAUAGCGGCAGCGCUGGUUCUGGCAGUUCUAAGGGACUGCAUUUAAAUUUGGGACCUAUUGCUCCGCCUCGAGAUCUCGUUGACGCUUCCCUCCCACUUGACCGACAAGGGUGGUACCACGGGACCUUAUCGCGCGUUGAAGCCGAAAGUUUAUUAAGGGAUGCGGAUGAGGGCGCCUUUUUAGUUCGAAACAGUGAAUCUGCAAAACACGACUAUUCACUAAGUUUAAAGUCCACACGUGGUUUUAUGCAUAUGCGCAUAUGCCGUAGUACUGAUGGCUACACUUUAGGGGGUGCAGCAACGGCGUUCCCCUCAGUGCCAGCCCUGAUGCGACACUACGUCACAGCUCAGAGGCUCCCAGUCCGAGGCGCGGAACACAUGGCACUGUCCACGCCCCUGCCAGCAGUCCUACUCUGAACAUCCCAAAUGGAACCAAGGGAUUUUAAUUUGAACGAGCCGUCACGAAUGAUCGGCUCGAAGUUCGGAAAGGUGUAAAUAUGCAGCCGUCGGAAAACCAAGGUGUGAUUAUUUAUUGUUUAUGCUGAUGAAAGCACAAGAGAAAGAGACGUUAGAUUUAGGAACCCAGUGACUAAUACCAAAGAGUUAGGAAUGUUUUUGCUAAAAAAACUGGCUUAUAUUAUUAUUUUUUGUAUUCGCUCAGGUAGCAAUGUAAUUAUGCUAGUCCAGAAUAUCGCAGCCACAUAAUAAUAUACAUAAAUAUGUUAUUUAUUCGCAUAUAAUCAUUUUUGCAUAACUUAAUAUAUAAAGAACUGUGUAACGAAAUAGGUACUUAUUUUGUCUUGCUUCGUAUUACUCAUUCAUUGUUUAUACAUUGAUACCGUAUAUCUUUUAUUAAUCAGUGUUUAAUAUAUGUAUAUUGUACGUUUGUUUGAUAUUGACGCAAACGAUGAUAUUUAGUAGUUAUAAUGCGUGAUAAUAACUUUUGAAAACAUUUUGCAAUGAAUCAUAAAAUACACUUAUGUGACCUCUGUAUUCAUUUGCUGUCAUGGCCUAAGCUUAUUUAGUAUACUAACGACUUAAUCUUUACCCCUGUGGAUAAAGACGUCUAUAGCCAUAAAGGAAAUAUUGUUCUCAUAUCGAACAUUACUUAACGUAUUAAAUAAGUUUCAAAAUAUAGAAAUAUUCCUUUGUUUUUGAAAACAUUGACUUUUAUCACGAUGAUACUUAAUUUAGUUGUUGUAAUCGAGAAACGCUUGUCAUAAUUUAGAUUCAGAAAUCACGUAGAUACAGGUGUGAAAAAUAACGCCUGCAUAUAAAUUGGUUUUAACGCAAUGACUCACUGUAUAAACAUUCAACUUUAUAUUAAAAACGCGUUAAAUGCUUACGCAAACUAUAAAACGUAUUCAGCAAGGUUAAAAACAAAUCACAUUGCAAAUGGUGGAAUAUUUAUGUAGCAAACAUCAAAUAGGUGGGUAUAGUUGUCACAGCGACAAGUACGUAUAGAAUUCUAACCUUAACUGUAUUAAAACAAGGUUGAGUUUUGUAGAUCGUGUAGACCAUGAGUCAUAAGCACGUGGGUCGGAUUGACACGAAAAUAAUAUCGAUUUAGUACAAAUUUGUACGGACUAGACUUGAUGUCAGUUUAACUUUUAUACACUGUAUCAGUAUGUCAAACUUAGAUUUUAGUACUACUUAUUUAUAUCAAACCGAAAGUGUGAAGGUUCGUUUAAAAAUGUGCCCAUAUCCCGCCCGGUUGCAAAGUUUUAAAUACUCAGACUGUCUGGAUGUCACAUUAUUAAACGAAGCGAUUACACUCACAAAUAAUUGGCCAACUUAAAACGAUAUUAAUAGUAAUUUUGAUAUAGCUUUCGUACUAUAGUUAAAUAAGCUAAUCAUGUUAAUAACGGCACAUAACAAUAUAAUGUAAGAUCAUAGAUGAAGAUUGCACAUGUUAUGUAACUCUCACAUGAUGACUUAUUUAUAUUUUUUGUUAAUUAGAACUUAAGUAGUGUAACGGGAUGGAUUAUGGGGCCCUCAGUAACGGAUAGUUUUAGUUCCUCUUUCAUGUAUCACUUGGUAGUCACAACGACAUGUUCGCCAGCCAGUGGUUACUAAUGAACGAUGGUCUAGCAGCUAUAUUUAAUAGAUUCUUCUGUGAUUUUGUGUUUAAUACAAUAAAAGCCAAAAAAAUGUUGUGUAUUAUAAUGUUAAGUUCAUCGUAUUUAUUGUGUAACGCAUAUUAUUAUUCAUGCUAACUGUAUGUUCUCAUUUAUCUAAUAAUGUACAACAAGAUCUCAUGAUAACCUCUUCUGGAUGGUUCAGUUACCUUAGUGUUAAUUUUGAUUGAUUUGUACCUGAUUUUUUGAAAGUAACGUUGUUUGAGACUUAAAAAUUUAUGUUUUAACAGAUUUAUUUUGUUAAUUAAUUUAGUGAUCAUUAGAUUAAUAUUAAUGUAGACAUGUAUGGGAAUGAACGAAUUUUUCGAAAGUAUUGGACAUUUAUAACUAUAAUACUUAUCCACCGCGAAGCAGCUUUUGCAAGCGAGCAACUAAUUUUAUUAUAGAGGUUAAUACCGAUUUAUUAUUAAGCAUUGCUACUUAUUACAUGAGAAAGGGAAUCAUUUUGGGUCCAGAAUCAUCGUCGAUGACGAUUUUUAACAUCUACGUUUUGUAGAAAAAGAUAAUUUCUUAUUCAUCUCAUCUCAUGUACUUUGUGCAAAGUAUGAAUAUGUAGUAAACGCGUAAAGGAAGGUAGGCUAAAGAUAACGGAUGAAAUUCUUAUAUUUGGAAGUUUUGAAAACGUGUCAAAAUUCUUUUUCAUGAGCAAAGUAGGUCCCGAUACGGAGUUAGGUAAAAAAUAUAGCUUAUAGUAGUUAUAAUCAAGUGUAAUUUUGAAGGUGUAGUUUGAAAUUGACGAUGAAUAAAUUCCAUAAAAAUAAAA